AGAAUUGAUGAUGUUAUUGACUUACAACCGAAUGUCAUUGAAAGUAAUUCAGAUUGUCUCAUAAACUAUUAUAAGGAUUUAGCGAAUCUCAUUAACAUUAAUGAGGGACUACUAAGAGCAUUAGGCACAUCACCUUCAAGCCCAGUCCUAGACAUUAUUUGCGCAUAUGCUAAGAAUUAUUCACUUGGAGGAAAAAUUGCCACCAGCGGAAGUAGAUACGCAUUCAUUUUGUUGCUACCAAAUACCUCAGAUGAAUUAAUUCAACAUCUGAUGGGAAUAUUUGAGUCGCAUGGUUUUCUUGCCAAGAUAACCAGUUUGAAUUGUAGCGGAGUAAGAAUUCAAUAUUAAAAUCAGUAAUUAGUAUGAGUAAUGUAAGCAAUGAAUAAAAAAAGCUCAUGCUAAGAAUUUAU